UCGACGCACUCAAGCGGGUACCGCAGUGUGCGCUGUGUGUGCCGCUCUUCUCCGUAACAUUUGAAUGAAUAGGUGGAAGAACUGGCCAGUGAAUAGUCAAUCAAUAUUUUGUAUGUGUUUGCAUCGCUUGUCUCAUCACAGAGCUGUAUACCACUACAGACUGCAGACUGCACUCCGGUUGAACGUCGUUGGGAUUACUCUUCAUCAUUCUUUAGCAAUGUUUACCGGCGAAAGACAGAGAUGACAAUUGUUUCAUGGAUAGGAAGUAGUUUUUGUGAGUUUCGGUGACACAUUUUUCGAAUACAUAGAUGAAAUUCACCGACAAUAUGUCUGUGCCGUUGUGGAAAAUCAGUUUGCUCCAGAAAAAGCAAAAGAAAAAGGAUGACGAGAAACGGAAAGAACGGGAGGCGGAAGAGGAGAGAUUGAAAAAGCUACCGCCGUGGAAGAGGCAAGCUGAGCAACCGAAAAAGGUCAUUAUCAUCGACAAAAACAAGAGUCCAAAUCCAGUGGAUUUGGUGGAACUUUCAAAGCAGGCAGGUUCUAGUUCUUCCAGUAAAUCGAGUGCUAAACAAACUCCUGGCCCGUUGGUUAAUGGCACCGCCCAGAAAGUAGAUACCGGUGAGUCACAGGGAAGCCGGGGGAGAGAUGAACCGGACAGUGGACCCGGGGUGUCAGAAGAACACUGUACAAAUGUGCAUGAUAAUGUCUUCUUGACCUUGGAAAGGAAGAAACGAAGAGCCCCUCCACCUCCCAAGUCAGGAAGCCAGAUAAGUGUGAUAGCCUCAAAUGUUUCUGGCUCAAAGAACGUGACUGUUAAUGAUCAAGCAAAACCUGCAAGUUCACCUAAAAUAGGUAAAAAGACACUGUCAGCUGAAUCCACGAUUUCUGCAAGCAAUAAGACAGCUGUUUCGGAAUCCGUGAGUGGAAAUCAUAUACAUCAAUCAAGUAAGGUAAAUGGACCAUCAGUUAUAGGUAACCAGACAAAGAGCAGUACUACUAAACAAAAUGAUGAGAAGAAGAAUUUAAAAGAGGAUGUGCCAAAGCCCAAGACUAAAGAUUCUGCUCCAUUAAUAAAAGUUGGAAAUAUUGUUCAUGUGUCUACAACAAACUCAAGAUCAGCUUUGGCUGGUAAUUCCGCUGCGAGUUUAUCAAAUGAUUCUUCAACUUCUCAAGGGAAUAAGAAUGGAGGUAAUAAGAGUGGGGAGUCCAGCCACCUAUCUACUACAGAUAGUUACAAAGAACCAGAGUUAAGGCAGAGAAAGAAAAGUAUAUCAGAACUUAGAGGUUUAUUUGGAGAUACAGUAACAACUAGUAAUGCAAAUUCACUACCUACGGGUCAAUCUACUGCUUCUGGAACUUCAGAUAAAGUGAAAUCUCAGAAAACUUCAAACGAUACAAAACCUGCGGUGACUGUUUCUUCCCUAUCCAAAUCAAACAACUCGACUGUCUCAAAAUCAUCAAACCAAAACAUUGUUUCUGCAAGUGGACAGAGCGUGAAAAAGGAAGAUAUUAAGAAAACAGAAGAAGGUAAGAAAGAUGUGAAGAAUGGUACUAGCAAAGGUGAGAGCAAAAGUCCUGCUGCUGCCGCAAAGUCACCCUCACCGUCACGCCAUAAACCUUCUUCAGAACUACCUGCAAGUGCAAUCAUAAGUCUGACAAAUGAAGGGCCUCUGAAGAGUCGAGAAGGAAAACUGGUAAGAUCAUCCUCUGUCAUUGAUGAUGUGGACGAGGUGACGAUAUCACUAGAGAGCCCUCGAUCUCCGCAAAACAGGAGAAUUUCAAGAGCACUUGAGUCUGAGGAUGAUACCUUCAACACAGACACUUCAAAACAAAGCAAUGGGUCACCAGCAAGAAGAAAAACACAGAAUGUUUCUGAGUCAGGAAUGGUUAAUGGGUCAUUAGAUAGAACUGAAUCUGUUGUUACAAAUGACACAAGCAAGGAUGUGUCAUCUGAGAGUAAAAAUCCAUCAAUUACUCCCGUCAAGAAGGUUGAGGAUGUGAAGAUUGAAUAUCCAAAUAACUUCAGAGAUCCAAACUUUGUUUCAAAGAAAGAGGAACCAUCAAAGAAAGAGAAGACAUCAAAGAAAGAAGAAAUUCCUUACCCUGCUGAUUUUAGAAGGCCUGUCAGUCCUGUCUCAGUCAGUACCAAAAGCCAGGAUCCUGUCAAAACUGUAUCUCCUAAAGUAUCCUCUGUUAAGGAUAGAGAGCAAGAUGCUGUCACGGUCAGCAAGAAGACGAGUCAAAUAGGAUCUGAUACCACUGCCAUUGUGACAGAUAAGAAAGUUAGUGAGCCGAAAAAGAAUGAUGUCAAAGCGAAAGAAUCACCAUCAAAAUCACCAGUGAAAUCAGAUGGCCAAAUCCCUUAUCCUGAUGACUUCCGGAAGCCAAAGACGCAACAAACGGCCAGCAAGUCAAAUAUAAAGGAUAUUGUGAAACCAUCAGAUCUUAUCAAAGCAUCAGUAUCCACAUCUAGUAUUGAGAAAAAGGAUGACAAUGACAAUGUUACGGUUACAAAUAUUUUUGGAGCUAAACUUCGCAGAACAAAGAAGCCAGAAUCAAGUGGAAUCAGCAUCAUCAGCCAGAACAAUGACAGUUCCAAGCCGACUGUGGAUAACUCUCCAAAGGCUCCACCCUCUGGUCUGAUGCAUGUAGGAUCUAGUGGUGCCACAUCUACUGGAAAGAAGAAAAAUGUGGUGAAAAAGUUUGAGAAGGUGGAAUUUAUCGGGUACAACUCUCCUGCUGGCAAGCCCUCUGCACUGAAGACUGAAGGGAAGACUAGUACUAGAAAGGGACUGAACGUAUCCUUUUCUACCAAAGAUGAAGACAUAUUUGAGUACAUGUCUGAAGACUCCAGCAUCAGAUACUAUGACGAGACACACCAAGGUGUGGAGGAAGAUGGGGGUAAGAGUAAGAUGUCGCCCCAGAAGGCCAAGGUGGAGAACGGUAUGAAGAAUGGCACUCUGGACAACAGCCAUGAUGGCAGUGAUGAGGAGGAAACGUCACUGAAGGGCAAUGCACCUAUCAGAUCAUCAGGUGGUUUCCAAAACCUUGCUGCGGCCAACUUAUCAGCCAUGGACAUGUUAUUAGGGCGUGGUCCCCGCCCAGCUGAACCCAAGGAAGAGCCCAAGCCUGCCCCGCCCCCAGAACCAGAGCCAGAGGACGUGUCUCUCACCCCCAUGGAUGGUGAUCUCUUCUCAUCGGCUGGCCAAGGCACUGCAGCAUUGCUCUUUUGAUGGAGGAAUACUGUAGACAGGAUAGGUUACCAGACUCUUGCAGGGUAAUGUGUGGAAUUUGGUUUUCUGAAUUAAGUUCCAAGGAAGUGCUUUCUCUUUGUUCAUAUUGAAUUGUGCAAGGCAAGUAAAUUUUACCUGAGGUGCCUUAUGAGAUUUGGUACCAGUCUUUUAUUUAAAUCAUGGAUCCAACGGCAUACAAUGUUUGUGAGAAUUGUUAACUCAGUGGGCUAAUGCUGAAAGCUUGAGCUCAAUUUUUAUCACUCAUUCAUGUCAGGCUUGAAGACAUGUAUAUCAAAACACUUGAAUUAUUUUUUUGUAAAAUCGAGUCGAUUAAUCGACCAUCCAAAUAUUCAGGGCCUAUUGGGAUGUCUAUCCAAUGUAUUAAAGAGAAAUAAAUAUAGACUGAAAAGAAUAUGGAUCAUAAUAGGUAGAAAGUGACAUUUUAUUGUGAAUUCACUGUAAAUUUGACCUUUAAUCAAAGUCUAAAGCUUUAAAGCUUGUGAUUUGUCAAAGCUUUACAACAUUGCUGUCGAAUAUGCCUUGUUGAGUGUCAGUGAAGCUCCUCUCUGAAUAAAAAAGUUAAUUAAAAUUUAGAAUGUAUAGUGUAGCAAGUGCCCCCAUUAGAAAAUAAAAAAAUAACAUGAAGCAAAUAACCUUGGAGAAUUAAUGUUUUCCGUGACAUGAAUUACAUUCAAUUACUUCAUUCAAGAAUAUAGUUGAAAACAAUCGACCAUAAUGUGAGAAUCAGUGCAUGAAUUGUCAACAAGAUUCAGCAUCAUUAUCAAACAUCACAUGCAGAUACUCUGAAGGAAGUAAGUCUUUGCUUUCCGUUGAAAUUUCUGGAAGUGGAAGGUUAUAUUUCACUCUGUCAUCGACGUUAACAUUCAUCUGCCUGUUAAUAGCCCCUCCAUUGCAUUUUCUUACCCCUCUUAAUUGUUAUACAUACACCUACUUAAUGUCCUUGCAUCACAAACAGGCAAUUUAUUUGUUCACAUAUUUCCUUAUUGCUUUUCUUCCAGGCACGAAACAAUAUGUUUUCCAACUUGGUUCAGUAGAUUCCAGAUAUUUGAAAAGAAAUUCAUCAACCUUCUCUGUUUCCUCUAACUAUAAAAGCAG